UACUUGUAUAUAACGAGAUGAAGGUAUUUAAUUGCACACAAUCGUUAAUUCUAUUUCCUAUCUACAGUAACUCAAUAAAUAAAUGGCAGCAAAACCGGUAGAGCCAUGGCACAAGCUCGACGACAAAGUCGUGUUGGUAACCGGCGCUUCCUCCGGCCUGGGAUGCGAAUUCUGUCUCGAUCUCGCUAAAGCCGGUUGCAGGAUCGUCGCCGCUGCUCGCCGCCUCGAUCGCCUCCACUCCCUCUGCCAUGAAAUCAAUAAUCUACACGGAAACGGAACCGUCCGUGCCGUGGCUGUGGAACUCGACGUCUCCGCCGAUUCUGCUACCAUCGACAGGUCUAUUCAGAAGGCAUGGGACGCAUUUGGCUAUAUUGAUGCCUUGAUUAACAAUGCUGGUGUCAGAGGAAGUGUGAAAUCUCCCUUGAAUUUGUCUGAGGAGGAAUGGGAUCAUGUUCUCAAAACUAACUUAACUGGUUGUUGGUUGGUUUCUAAAUAUGUAUGCAAACGCAUGUGUGAUACCCAACGAAAGGGAUCAGUUAUUAAUAUUUCUUCAACUUCUGGUUUAAAUCGCGGAACACUGGCUGGGGCUGUUGCAUAUGCAUCUUCAAAGGCAGGCGUCAACAUGCUAACAAAGAUCAUGGCUUUGGAAUUGGGGGUACACAAAAUAAGAGUGAAUUCAAUAUCCCCUGGAAUUUUCAAAUCCGAAAUCACUGAAAAAUUAGUAGAAAAAGCUUGGCUGAAUAAUGUAAUCACUAAAAUAAACCCGUUGAGAAGUUUGGUUGCUUCAGACCCUGCAUUAACAUCUUUGGCUCGUUACCUGAUUCACGACUCUUCUGAAUAUGUUUCGGGUAGUAAUUUUAUUGUUGAUUGUGGAGCAACCUUACCUGGUAUGCCGAUUUAUUCUUCUUUGUGAAUAAAUUUUAUCAACUAUGCACCACAGAGUUUACCGGUCUCUGUAUUGUCUAAAGCAAAUAAAGAGAAAACUAUGGGUUGUCAUAUAUGAUAUUGUUAAGGGACUCAAUGAUGGUUUUGGUUCUUUUCAUCACUUUAUCCAUUUUGGUGCUACCAGUGGUGUUGCCAUCUCUCCCACCACCACCUUUGAUGCUUGCUGCUUCUUGUUCCUGUUUUCAUCUUGGCCUUUUCCCCUUUCAAACUUCCAACCACGACCAUUGUUGCUUAGUUUUUUUCUUCUUUUUUUACAUGCUUUCUAAGCAUUUUCUUAAAUUUAUUCAAAUGAGAUCCAAUAGAAUGAAUAAGCAAUGGAUUAUGUUUA